GUUUUUUGGGAGAGCUGUCACAUGUAUAAAAGUUAAAAAUGUUUUGUUUUUGUGGUUUAUUAAUUUAAUUUUAAUUUAAUUAUUCAAUAAGUUUAAAAUGGGCUUAAGUUCAAGAUUAAUAAACAUUUUAAUCAGCCAGAUCAUAAAUCAUUCAUCAUUUGAUAAAAAUGGAAUUGUUAGAAAUUAUAAGAAUAUGCAUAUUUCUUAUAAACAUAAAGAAAACAUAUUUACUGUAAACUUGUCAUGUCAUGCCAUUCAGAAUUUGGAAAAAAGUAAUUUAAAGUUUCGCAGAAAUGGAACUAACCAAAUCGUAUUUGAUGUUGACAGAGAUAAAUUUAUAAGAAGUGUUUUAGAGAACAUCAAAGAGAAACCGCAGUUGAAUAGUAAACCAAAGAAAAUAGUGAUAGAUUUUAGUUCACCUAACAUAGCGAAACCUUUUCAUGUGGGACACCUGAGAUCAACAAUCAUUGGUAAUUUCAUAGCUAAUAUAAAUGAAUACUUUAACAAUGAUGUGGUAAGAUUAAAUUACCUUGGCGAUUGGGGCACACAGUUUGGUCUCUUACAAUAUGGUUUAGAAUCUAGAAAUAUUGCUAUCAAUGAACUGGAAAAUCCUUUAAAGCAAUUAUAUGACAUAUAUGUAGAGGCAAACAAACUCGCAGCAAGUGAUGAAAAUGUACAGAGUAAGGCUAAACAGUAUUUCUCAGCUAUAGAACAAGGUAGAGCUAAGUUAGAUAAUUGGAGGAAAAUUCGUGCAAUAACCGUCAAAGAGUUGAAUAAAGUUUACCACAGAUUAGGAAUCAAAUUUGAUGAUUACCACUGGGAAUCUGAUUAUAAUGGAGAAGCUAUUAAAUCUAUAAUGCAAAGUUUAGAGAGACAAAACAUAAUCACCACAGAUGUUUCGGGCAAAAAAGUAGCAAAAGUAAAGGACAAAACUGUCACUGUUCUAAAGAGUGAUAAUUCAACUUUAUACCUUUCAAGAGAUAUAGCAGCUUUAUUGGACAGACACAGGAGGUACAGAUUUGAUAAAAUGCUUUAUGUUGUAGAUAAUGCACAGACAGAUCAUUUUGUUAAUGUUUUUGAUAUAGUCGGAAGACUUGACAAUGAUUGUACGAAAGGCUGUGAGCACAUCAAAUUUGGCAGGAUAAAGGGUAUGAGCACAAGGAGUGGUAAUGUUGUAUUUUUAAAUGAUAUAUUAGAUGAAGCCAAAGAGAAAAUGUUUGAAAAACAAAAAGAAUCCAAAAACACAAGAAGUUCUGCUAUUAAUGAAGAAACCUGUGACAUAUUGGGCACUACCGCAGUAAUCAUCAAUGAUUUAAAACAACGUAGACAAAAAGACUAUGUGUUUGAUUGGGACAGAGCAUUACAAAGCGAAGGAGACAGUGGGAUUAAGUUACAGUACUUACACUGUAGACUAUGGAGUUUAGAAUCUAAUGCUAAUGUUGCACUUCCUAAUGAAUGUAAUCCUGACUGCCUAAAUGAAGAAGUCAUAGGAGAUGUUUUGAGCGAACUGGCAGCAUUUGAUGAUAUACUAAAUAGAGCUCUAAUAGAAAAUGAAGCAUGCAUAAUAGUUAACUAUUUAUUUAGACUAGCAAGACAUGUUAAUAGAAUGUUCAAUGAGCUCAAAGUAAAAAAUGUUGACCACGAUCUUGGUGCUCAAAGGCUUCUUGUUUUUCAUUCUGCCAGGCUCACUAUUAAAAAAGCAUUGGAAGUUUUAGGAGUUAAACCUUUGUAUGAAAUGUAGUUU